CUCAAAAAAGAAAGGAAAAGAAACCAACACACAAACCCUUCCAUCAAAUAAUCACAUCCAACCUUUUUCUCAAAUUCUCUUUCUCCUAAAAAAAACCAAAAAAUAAAAAAAAAAAAUUAAGAAAAACAAACUCCUUUUGGUUUCAUUUGGCUUAAUCAAAUCUCCUCUUGGUGUUUUCCUUCUCUCCCUUGCAAUGCAAGAAACAUAAUUACCCUAUAGGGAGUUGGAAAUGGAAACCCCAUAAUUUGUUCUUGCUUGUUCACCAUCCCUUUAGAAUUUUCCAUAGAAAAUUUAUAAUAAAAAAGGGAGGAAAUUUUUUUGAAAAAAUAAAAAGGAAAUGGUUAGAGCUAUAGAACAAGAACAGGAAAAUAACAAAUCCAAACUAUUCAAUUCCAGAGGAAUGUUUGAGAAUUCAGGAAGACAUACAAAAAGUUUAAGCAUUGAAAGUGCUAGCACAUUAGAUCCUACUUCUGAAGAUGAUCCUGCUUCAUCAAGAAGUCAAGGAUCAAAACCUUUAAAUGAUUCUGAAAGGGUUCUUGCUGAGAAAUCAAGAACAAUCAAAGAGGAAAUUUUAGCCAAAGAAGCCAAAGAGAAGAUAUCUCAAGAAAUGGAACAGAUGAAGGAGAGAUUUGCUAAACUACUAUUGGGGGAAGAUAUGUCUGGUGGAGGAAAAGGUGUUUCUUCAGCUUUGGCAUUGUCAAAUGCAUUAACAAAUCUUGCUGCUGCUGUUUUCGGUGAACAAAAGCGCCUAGAGCCAAUGCCACCGGAAAGGAAAGCAAGAUGGAGAAAAGAAAUUGAUUGGCUUCUUUCGGUCACCGAUUACGUUGUUGAAAUGGUUCCAACACAGCAGAAAUCCAAGGAUGGUUCAAUCAUGGAGAUUAUGACAACGCGACAACGGACUGAUCUCCACAUGAACAUCCCUGCCUUGAGAAAGCUUGAUGCAAUGCUUAUUGAUUGUCUAGAUAACUUCAAAGACCAAAGUGAAUUCUACUAUGUAUCAAAAGAUGCUGAUGAUCCAGAUAGGUCAAAUGGGAAAAAUGAUGACAAGUGGUGGUUACCUACACCUAAAGUACCUGCAGAAGGUUUAUCUGAAGCAGCAAGAAGAUUUUUGCAGUAUCAGAAAGAUUGUGUGAAUCAAGUACUUAAAGCAGCAAUGGCUAUAAAUGCUCAAACUCUAUCAGAAAUGGAGAUUCCUGAAAGCUAUAUUGAAUCCCUACCUAAGAAUGGAAGAGCAAGUCUAGGAGACAUAAUCUACAGGAAUAUUACCGAUGAAUUUUUCGAUCCCGAUCAGUUCCUAGGGACAAUAGACAUGUCAUCAGAACAUAAAAUUCUUGAUCUCAAGAAUAGAAUUGAGGCAUCAAUAGUGAUUUGGAGGAGGAAGAUGAACCAAAAAGAUUCCAAAUCAGCAUGGGGUUCUGCUGUGAGUUUGGAGAAAAGAGAGCUCUUUGAAGAGAGAGCAGAAACCAUCUUACUUCUCUUGAAACAUCGGUUUCCUGGACUUCCACAAUCUUCAUUGGAUAUAAGCAAAAUCCAAUUCAACGGGGAUGUAGGGCAAGCUGUUCUUGAAAGCUAUUCAAGAAUAUUGGAAAGUUUAGCCUUUACAGUUCUAUCAAGAGUAGAAGAUGUACUCCAUGCAGAUAACCAAACACAAAAUCCAACUCAAGGAAGAAGAAGCAGUGUUAGAAAUCCAGUUCCAAAGCCAGACAAGUGUCCAACUCCAAGAGAUGUAGACAGAAGUGACGCGGAAACACCUUGUUCGAUGACACUAUCGGAUUUCAUGGGUUGGAGCAAUGAUCAGGCUGAAUCGUUCAUUAGAAGGGAUCCUUUCGCUGUUUCAGAUGAUUUGGACAAAGAUAUUGAUACUGAAAAGCUUCCAAAACUUCAACCCAUAGUGACUGAUAAGAAAGCGUCCUACCUUGAAAAUAUAGGAGGUUUGAGAAGUCCAACAUCACGCCAUUGAUUAUUAAGAUAAAAAAACAAAGAAAUUCUAUAUAGCUUCAAAAGAGGGAGAGAAGAGAAAGAAGAAUUAUUCAUUUAUUCUUCAUCAUCUAUUCUUUCUUUUUUUGUACAUAAAAAGAUGAAUACACAAAAUCCAAAAGGUUUGAAGCAUUUUGUCAUCUAUGGUGUCCUCCUUGUAAGAGGGGUUUGUUGUAGUCUGGAAGCUACAAAAUGUGAUUCAUUUUACGAAUUCAUGUUAUUUCAUUGUAACUUAUGAAAACCAGAUACAAUAUUCAGCCUAUGAUGGAAGGAGGAUUAAUCCUUUAUGCAUACAUGUAAUCAAA